UCCUCUGAGCAGUUCCUGGAGCUUUUUUGGAACAACCUCCUCGAUGUUGACAUCGACCCUACUCCAUAUGGCACACAUUCGUUCCGGAGGGGGGGGUGCCAGUUCCUGCAUGUCGAGAAGCAUUGGUCACUGCGGAGAAUCUGCGAGUGGGGAGGGUGGAGUGUGGAAUUUACGAACAUGACAAUCGUGAAGUAUCUCAUUUCUUCGAAUGAUGAUCCCACUGAGCCAAGGGAGCAAUUCCUGAACCCUAACAGACGGCCGAUGGUGAAGUGCUCUCAGUGCGGGAGAUGCUGUUCCUGUGGCUAAACUCUGCUCGCCGUCCGUACUACAUUACAUUAUUUUCCCUUUCUUUGCCUUGCAUUUUACCAGUCACUGUUUGUAUAGCGCAUUUUCUUAGCAACAAG